AACUGUUGAAGCCAGCAGGAAAAACGAGACCUUCCGCGCCGGAGUUUAGAGAAGAGUUGACCAAUCCUGAAGUCCCGUCGGCUCCAUCGGCAGAAGAACAUCAUUGCGAGUGUGUAGUCUGCAUGGAACUAGAGGCCCAAGUCGUGUUCCUGAACUGCGGCCACGUCUGCUGCUGCCAGAGCUGCUCCGAUGCCUUGCACAUCUGUCCGCUCUGCCGACAAGAAAUCGCGCAACGGAUCCGGCUUUUCCACAGCGGCUAGCCCACUCGUGGAUGGGAAAGGGAAAGGGGGUGUGGUUUCUUUCUCCCCCCUCCUGGGAGAGAAACCUAGGGGGUGGGCGGAAACACACACACACACACCCCUUUGGCAUCUCAGCCUUCCUCAUUUCUGUUUUUGCACGUCUUGUUUACUCAAAGCUUUAGUCAAAGUCAAAGCUGCUCGCUCGGAGUGCCUGUCUUGUGUUUCCGAGCAGUCCCCGCCGGUAAUUGCGCACGCCGGACGAUGGGGGCGGGAAGGAAGUGCGCGCCACGCCUUUGCACUAAAUAAUGUAUGCUGGUUGGAUUUUUUUGCUCGCAGUUCAUGUCCGCUGUCCAGGAGGAGUGUAAAUUAAUUCCAAACGUCCAGGCAAUUGGGGAAUAACUGAAGGACGCCCAAAACUCUUGGUUUGCUUCCUUGAAAACAUUUCGCUUCUCAUCUCAAGAAGCGAAUUCUUCAGAUUCUUGGAUGAGAAGCCAAAUGUUUUCAAGGAAAGACCAAAAGGAACAAAAGUCCAGUCGGCUUUUGGAAAAGCACCUUGGCAUUGGGCGAUGGAGAAUCUCCGUACGCAGCUGGGGGGAGACUCGGCAUUUAACCCCUUGGAGGAAUUUAGGGGAAGGGUUGGUGACGGGAUCAUCCUCGUGGGCAAAAAAAAAAAAAAACGUGUGUUGGAGAACAAAAAGCUGCUUUUAUACAGGGAACCUCAGUCUGGGUCGAUCUCAAGCGACUAGUCCUCGCUGAAAUGAUUUGAACCUUCCUGCCGUUAUCUUCCUGUUGACAUUUGGGAAUUGAAAAGAGGGGCCGUUUACGAAAAUAGUGGAGGGGAAGGGAAGGGAAAGAUCUCACCAGCCAAAGAUGGCAUUCCUGGCAUGACCACUCCCUUAAGAGACAAAAGUUGAUGCCAGGUGGGAUGAAUGCAGGUUGGAUUACUGGAAGGUAGUGCCACAAUUGGGUGCCAGUUCUGUUGUGCUUGGCACCGCAUAUAGUUAAUAACUUGGUUAAUUAGUCAGUAAAUGGACUCGAACUGCCUGGGCAGGCUCUUCUCCAGAAAGUUCUCUGCCCACCUCUUCCCCCCAUCUUUCUGGGGCUGCCCCAGUUGAGGGGGAAGAGUCCAGAUAGGGACCUCCCAGGUUGGAUCUGCUGUCUCGAAUCUUGAGCCUUGAGGAUGAUGGGAUGAGGAGUCCUUUCCCGAGCUAGAAAGAGGGGGAAAAAUUGCUGGCAGAGCAGAGGUGUCCAACUUCGUCAACUUUUAAGACUUAAAACUUCUGAAAGCCAGCGUGAGGGAUUCUGGGAGUUGACGUCCACAAAUCUUAAAAAGUGGCCCAAUGUUGGACACCCCGGGUUGUACAAUCUGGAGGGUGGAGAGGACUGGGAAACUCCCACCUUCGCCCCGAUUAUUGCAUCAAUCUUCCUAGGGCAGUGUCGGCGAAACGGGUGCGUGUGUGUCUCCCGCUUUCUGGCAUGAAUGUGCGUGUAAAGACCAGCUGGCCGAUGCCAGUAACCAGAAUUGUCUUCCCAGUGCGCGCCAUGUGCACCGGGCAGCCGAUCUUCCAGGUUCCGGCACUCCCGCACAGAUGAA